AAUAAGAUGCAACCAAUCUCAAAAGUUACAUCGAUAUUUGACGUGUUCAGAUGUGUUGUGCAAUGGACAAUGAGGAUAAUGCGAUAGUUCUGUUUAAAUUUAAGAGUCCUCUCGACUCGAUCUUUCACAAAUUUCGACUUAACACAAUAUGCUUUCGAUACAAAUAAUUUGAGAAUGAAAAAGAAAAUUGACAAGGGUGUGGUUUCACGUACGGAAUAUACAUAACCGAUGUAACUUGCGCAUGAAAAUAGCAAGAUGCUCAAGAAGAAACGUGAGGGUGAUAAGGAAAAGAAAGUACGGAAAAAAUGCUUGAACGAACGAGAAAUUCUGUCUUACGAACAACAACUUGUAGACAACAAUAGGCAGUUGUCACGGCUACGCAGUCGAAAUGAAGAGCUUGAAAUCGAGAUGAAGAACUUGACGAAGCAAUACGAGCAGAUGAAAGAGGAUCGAUCUGAUAUCGUAGCGUAUCUAAAAUGGGAUUUGGAGAACAAGAUGGAAGAGACCCGCGAGCUGCAGGAACAUUUGACGGCCAUGCAAGAGUUGAGAAAGCAGGAACAAGCUGAAUAUAAGAAGAAGGAAAACGCGAUGGAACUAGAAUAUCGUACUAUGGAGAGCAAUUUAAGUGCCGAAGUAAAACUUGCAACUGGGAAGCUGAACGCGUUGGAGGAUUGGAGAUUGGCUCGCUUGGAUUUAAUGCACAAGUUCGAGGUGCAAGAGGAAGAAAUGGCAAAGCAAGAUGAAUUACACAAAACAACGCUCUACGAGACGGAAAAAUCAGUCAUUAUUGCCAAGGCCAAGAUGCAAAAGGAGAUAGAAGAACGAUUGCAGCAGCUAGCUCAGGAAUUCAAGGAAGCGACGGAUGUCCGUAUGGCAGACGUGAUGCACAACGCUAUCAGGAGAAAUAUCGCAUUGAAUCACGAGCUAAAUUCGAUGUUAAAGAUCUGUCGGGAUCUGGAAAAGAAAAGCACGGAAAGCAAGGAAACCGAUCGUCUACUCAGAUUGCAAUGUGAGCUAUUCGAGGGCGAGGCCAAUAUCGCGCAAGAAGACGCGAUAAAAUAUAAACGCGCCAUGCACGAACUCGCUCAGAAAUACAUCGAUACGAUCCUCGAAUUCGGUCGAAUACAACGUGAGAAUGUAAGGCUUGGCAAUUACAAGCAAGCGAUGAAAGAAUACAAUGCGAGAUGCGCGGCGUCGCAGGAGAAGACGAAGAUCCUCGAACAACAAUUGCAAGAAACCAAAAAAGCUCGGGAGGAAAUUCUGACGGAUGUGCGAAAAAAAUGCGAGGAAUUCAAUAAAUUGAACAAGAUCCUGAACGAAGCCAAAGAAAGCGUUCUGGAGGCAUUAGAGUUACAAGAACAUGUCUGCACAAGUGACAUUUGUAUCUCAUGUUGCGCCGAUCAGAAACAAAAGAUUAUUUAUUCGCUUCAGAAUAUACUGGAAAAGCAUAACAUUUCCGACAUGAUCGAAGAUGAUGAUUCACAGAUGGAAAAAACUGUAGCCGGGUCUUCGGAAUAAUAUUUCUUACUCCAACUUCAUCCUAAAGAGUAUAUAAAUAAGCACAAAUACAA